UUGCGCUUGGCUCAGUGCCAUGUGGCGACGGUUGCAGCACGGUUGUGCGGUGUGCGUGUGCGUCGUUGUUGAGACCAUUGUAAACCAGACAGCUCCGUGACAUCAGUGUCCGCUCGUGAACCGGUGAACCGUCCGUGCUUAGGGUGAGGUGAGAGCGCCAUUCCACAGCAACGGAACGAAAGGCAACAACAGAAACAACGACUGGCUGCCUAUUGUAACAACGAGUGCAGCAAGUUGGCACAUUGUCAUCCCCCCCCAACACCCACAGGCCGCACUCUGUGCACCACUUGUUCAUCUGUCACCCACCUCAUCCAUUCAUUCAUUCACCCACUCUGGGUUCCAUUUCCCUUCCUCACCGACGGAACAUAGACAUAUCCACAACCAAUAGCCAGUCAACAAGCCAGACAGCAACCUGGCCAGCCAAAACAAAGCACAAGGUCGGCCAAACCAAGAGCAUGCAUUCCACGAGAACAGCAGCAGCAGCAGCAGUGCUGCUUGUGUUGACUAGCGCAGCGCUGGCUGCCAGCAGCGUUGUGGAGCCCGUCUCCAUGACAGGCAGCUCGGCCGACUUGUCGACGUGCGCUACCUCCCAUGGCGAAGUGAAUUGUGAAGCUCAAAACGCGACUGGCGCAGCCGCUUACACAGCCGACCUGGACAGCAUCGAGGAUAUCCAUGUGCCCGUCCAUAUGGCGGUGCUCGUGUAUGAAGGCUCACCAUUCCUGGAGUAUGUGCUGUCGAGUCUGGAGCAACAACACUACGUGAAGGAUGCCCUCACCAUCACACUCCUUCUUGCACCAGGCAUGGACUGGCACCUGAACCACCAACUGGCUUCCAGCUGGCAGUCCGACCACAGCAACAAGUAUGCCGCCAUCCACGUUCAUUCUCCUGCCUCCCUUCACGAUGCUGUUGUCGAGCUUGUGGAGAGCCAUGAUUCCGCGCAACAUCUGUUGUUGAUGGAUUCGCGUUCACGCCUCACCAACCCGGAUACGCUGAAGCACUUAAUCUCCUUGGACAAACCGGCGGUCGCGCCCAUGCUUGUUCGCCAGGGCAAGUGGUGGUCCAACUUCUGGGACGCGGCAAGUCAGUUUCACGACGUGUCCCCCGCCGACUUCAGCCCGGCAAACGUCGGCUAUGUUCGCUCCAACCGGUACCUUGACAUUGUUGACCGGAAGCAAACUGGCGUCUUCAUCGUCCCUCUUGCGUUUGGCUGCCUCCUCGUUCGCCCGGAUACGAUCCCUGCGAUGAAGCGUGCACUCUCUGCCAUGCCAAACACCGCCAACGCCGAAUGGGUGUUUCAUCUCACGCUUGCCUACUACCUUCACCAGCAGCAAGUCCCAAUCGCCGUAUCAAACCUCCUGGAGUAUGGUCACCUCAUCAACCCAACAGGUUUCGACAGCACAAAGGCGCACCCUGACCUGUUUUUGGUGGAAGAAAACCCUGCUGAGUGGGCGGACAAGUACUUGAACGAGCUGUACUGGUCGUUUGAGGAGCACGGUUUGAUCCCCAACUGCACGGACGUGUUCAAGGUGCCCAUGUUCAGCCCGGCCUUUGCGCGCAACCUGAUUGAGGAGUGCGAGCACUUUGGUCAGUGGAGCAACGGCGACAACAAGGAUGAGCGCAUUCAGGGUGGCUAUGAGCCCGUGCCCACCCAGGACAUCCAUUUUAACCAAAUUGGCUUCAACAACGCGUGGCGCUUCAUUCUUCGUCGAUUCCUGCGUCCCGUCACAUCCCACUACUACACUGGCUACACCCUCGAAGGACGCACAACGCUCGACUUUGUCGUUCGGUAUCGGCCUGACAAGCAAAACUACCUGCGGCCACACCACGAUGCAUCCACAGUGACGCUCAACGUGGCCCUCAACCAGGGUGGUGUCGACUACCAAGGUGGAGGCACGCGCUUCAUUCGUCAAAACUGCACACUCAUCAACACACCGCCUGGCUGGGGCACGCUCAGCCCCGGCCGCCUUACCCAUUUGCACGAAGGGCUCAAGACAACCGCAGGCACACGCUACAUCCUCGUUUCGUUCAUUGAUCAAUAGCAUGGACUUGCUUUGGUUUGCAAUCUCUUCUCAAACGGCAUGUCUUCUUCUUCCUUGCCUGCUUGCCUCCCUGUGUGUUUUGUGUGACCUGACACCCUAAUGUAUGUUUGUGGUCUCACGUGUGCGUGUGUACGCGUGUUUAUGGAGUGACAUGACAUGAUGGAUCGAUGCAACAACCUCAUUGCUGCUCACCACCACGCCCGAAAAGGCACUUGCAGUCAAGUAACACAACUGAAUGAAACGAGAAACACGCGAAGCAGCAAAGUGCGGCUUGCUUGUAUGUCAAUGC